UGGGCCCCCUACGACGAGAGGUCAUCGAUCCCGGGGCCCCCUCAUGCUACGAGCUGGCCCCGACCGCCUAGAGAUCAUCAGAAGAGUGUCGAUCACUGCCUGUGGUUCUUGACAUUUGGGAGAACCGUCCGGGACAACCACCACUCGAUUGCGAAUCUAAGGGCGAAGCUGUUCCCCCAAUGAAGGAUUGCUUUGAACCCCUUCUCUAUCCAGCUCUUUAAAGGAGGAAUCCUUCUCCCUUUAGUCUCACUCUCCCGUGCAAAAUAAGCUCUAUUGCAUUCCAAACUUACUUCGUACCAACGCUUUAUUCUGGGAAAGACAUACGUCCUAAAGACCUACCUGCCCUGCUUGAUUGUCCAUGGGAUUACGGAGCCAUAUAUGGCCGUUACCUAAGAACCAUUCGAAAUAGCUCUCUAUCAUCUUCUCGUCUUUCAACAACUCGUGGCUAAACCAGUCAUCUAGCCACGCCCGAUUCAAGAAUGGCGGUCCCUCCCGGAGUGGUGACAGAGGCUCUCCUCGACAUAACCAUAACCUCGCUGUCGCCAGAACCCGAGUUCCAGCGCGGCCGCAAGCGGCGCCGGGAUUUCUUCGAUGUGAAUCCGCGCACGACGAUCCCCUCAACGGAGUCGGCGACCUUCCGUGGGCGCUGCCGCUACCGCAGCAGCUCACGAUACCUAGACAUGUCGUCACGGCCGACCUCACAACACCGGCACGGGGCUGUUCUCACUGUAGGCGCCACCAACGCUCGCGAGCGGAACGCCUCAGCAUCUCCUUCGCCCUCGCGCCGCAAGAUGAUCCGCCUCACAGAGCUGGCCGGGCACCGCCGUCCGCGGAGUAUGUCGCCCUCGCGGUCUCGCUCUCCGUGUGCGAGUCUCAGAUCGGGUGCGGCGUUGCUCCCAGCGCCCCAGCAGCGCAGACGACACAGGACGCAGAGUAGGAGCCGUGUUCAUAGGGCCCUACCGGUGGGGCUCGAGAUGAUGUCGUGCAGUGAAGACGGUAGGGUCACUACGGCUGUGGAAACCGUCGUGCUCCCCGUCACGACAUACGGGUUGGCGAUGCCGGUGGGCGAAGUACGCGCGGAAAGCGACGAGCGUCGUGAAUAACGGCGUUAGUGGGCUCGCUUG